AGUGUAGCUCGAGAAGGUGGAAACAAGAUACGAACUUGAAUGAGUGGAGGAGAAAACACGUGUCGUCAGGUAGAACAGAUAAUUCUGCGACUCUUGAGAAAGGAAGACGAAGGAUUUAGUUGAAAGAAGGAAGAAGAAGAGUCUUGUGAUAAUCUACAUAGAAAGAAGAAGAUGGCUUUGUCUCAAGUCUCUGCGUCUCUCGCUUUUCCCAAUUCUGGCGCAAUAAAGCUAGCCACAAUCGCAAACCGUAGUUCUUCUACUUGUCGGGUUCAUGUUCCGCAACUUGCUGGAAGCAGAUCCUCCUUCGCCUCUGGUUCUCCUCUCUUGCCAUUGAAGUUGAGUGUGAUUCGUAGAGGAGGAAACAGAGCAGCAACAGUUUCCGUAAGAAGUGAGCAAAGUACAGAAGGAAGCAGCGGUUUGGACAUAUGGCUUGGUCGUGGCGCCAUGAUUGGCUUUGCUGUUGCCCUUACUGUUGAGAUUACCACUGGUAAAGGACUUCUUGAGAAUUUUGGAGUAGCAAGUCCAUUGCCUACGGUUGCUUUGGCUGUUACUGCAUUGGUUGGUGUUCUAACUGCGGUUUUUAUCUUCCAGUCUUCUUCUAAAAACUGAUAAAAACAAAAAAAGCUCAUUUGUUUGUCCCCCCCCCCC